AAAAAUUAAGUUGUUAUAAAUAAAAAUUUACAUAUUUCGCGGUGCAGUAGUAUUUCAACUUGCACACACAUUUUCGCGAACCGUGGGAAACGGACUUAGAUAGGAAAACGAAUUGUGCGCAGCAACAGCAGCCAACAAAGCACUAAAUCGCAAUUGCUACAAUAAUAUAGGUAACAGUUUUGAUAAAACGGAAGUUGUCGUAGUCAUUGUGUGUCGCACAUACAUACAUACAUUGCGAGCAAGCGAGCCGCAUCAGCAGUAAGUGCCCCACUAUCAGCUACAACAACGCGCUACAAAUUUUCUUUUAUCGCUGAAACCGAAAGCAACAAUUGACGACAACCACAACAACAACAACGGCAGCAACAAACGACAAACACGCACCUUUACAACCAACCCAACAAAAUUAAAAGGCUGAGAGAGAAGCAAAAUCUACGGCACACAGACACACAUAGACAUACACAAAUUCAAAAAUACCAACGCGCAUAGAAUACAAAGUUUGUUGGUAAAAAAAAGAAAAAAUACGGCACAAAGGUUAUCAUAACAACAAAAACAGGAAAGACACAAGUGAAAUUUACUUUAACAAAAAUAAUUCUACAAGAACUGCAACUGCAACCCAAAAGCAAUCGCCGAACAACGCCUAAACUAGUGAUUUUUUGUGCUAAGCGCAAGAGAGUGAGAAGAGAGAAAAACGCAGCAGCCGCAGCACUAGCAACAGUUCAACAUUUUUGCACAGCAGCAACAACAAGAGCUAUACAACCACAACAAAAGCAACAACUGAACCACCUCAACCACCCGCCUACGCAAGUGAUUACUACCUGCGCUAAAUUUAAAUAAAAACAACUACAGGAACAACAGUCGAAAGUAACAGAAGCAUCGCCCUCGCCCACAAUCGUGCAGCAGUAGGUAGCAACAACAACAGCACCAAAAGCGACAUAAUGCGUGAAUAUAAAAUUGUCGUGCUCGGCAGCGGCGGUGUAGGCAAAUCGGCACUUACAGUGCAAUUUGUUCAAUGCAUUUUUGUAGAAAAGUACGAUCCCACCAUUGAGGACAGUUACCGGAAGCAGGUGGAGGUAGAUGGCCAGCAAUGCAUGCUUGAGAUACUCGACACUGCCGGCACAGAACAAUUCACCGCCAUGAGAGAUCUCUAUAUGAAGAACGGCCAAGGAUUCGUGCUGGUCUAUUCGAUAACGGCGCAGUCGACAUUUAACGAUUUGCAGGAUCUGCGCGAGCAAAUCUUACGCGUCAAGGAUACGGACGAUGUGCCCAUGGUGCUGGUUGGCAACAAAUGCGAUCUUGAAGAGGAGCGGGUAGUCGGCAAGGAAUUGGGUAAAAGUUUGGCCAAUCAAUUCAAUUGCGCCUUUAUGGAGACCUCAGCCAAAGCCAAAGUGAAUGUGAAUGAUAUUUUUUACGAUUUGGUAAGGCAAAUCAACAAGAAGUCACCCGAAAAGAAACAAAAGAAACCGAAAAAGUCCCUAUGUGUUCUGCUAUAAGACUUCCAAAAAGAUAAGAGAAAAACCUAAGUAAAAGUAGAAAGUUCAGUUUUUUUCUAAAAAACAGAAGAAUGAAUACAAAUACAAAACAAAAACAAACAAAAAAAAGAGAGAAAGAAAAGAAAUCCAGAAAAAGGAGAUUGGUAAAAUUGCGAGUAAACAUAAACUACUUAAAGCAAAAUUAACUGACAAGUUUUUAACUGUGCAAAAUUUUUGUAAUUAUCACUACAUUAUUAUUGUAUUGUUCAAAAAGGGCGCUAACCAAUUUGUCCAAUAAAUAAAGCCAUUUCGAUAUUGAAGUGGUUUUAUUUUCUAAGCUAUGAAAUUUCAUAAUAUAUGAAAUUAUUUGGGCAAAUUUUUCCACCCUCUAGAACUUAUCCUUUGUCUUUGUGUAAAAUUCUAAACACACACACACACACAUUUAUAUAUAUACACAAACAAACAAACACAAACUAUUCUGAUUAUUAACAAUUAAUUAUUAUGAAUUAUUUAAUACAAAUAUUUGUCGUUCGUUUUUGAGCCGUUUUUUUGGAAAAAUUUUACAAAGAUCGUUAGACAUUCGUAACAUAAACAAAACAUUCGUAUUUAUUUGAUUUCCUCAUUUUACAAUUUAUUUACAAAACAAAGAAACACAAAUAAGCCCGCACAACAUUACAAAUGUCGUUGCUCGUCUACCAUGAAAAACGGGAAAAAUCAAACUAAAUUAAUUGUAUGCCUAAACCUAAACAAUAAUAAAAAUGAAAACAUACAAAAAAGAUGAAAAAACGAUGUCAAAAUGUUGCAAACAAACAGA